UCAGUAAAAUUUCAAGAUGGUCGGUCGUAUCCCAGUAAAACGAAGCAAAACCUACACAACUCCCAGACGUCCCUUUGAAAAGGAACGUUUAGACCAUGAGUUAAAACUCAUCGGAGAGUUUGGUCUUAGAAAUAAGAGAGAAGUAUGGCGUGUCAAGUAUACACUUGGAAAAGUGCGUAAGGCUGCCAGAGAGUUGCUAACUCUUGAUGAGAAAGACCCUAGGAGGCUUUUUGAAGGUAAUGCCUUGCUGAGAAGACUGGUAAGGAUUGGAGUGUUGGAUGAGAACAAAAUGAAGCUCGAUUAUGUGUUGGGUUUGAAACUGGAAGACUUUCUGGAGAGGAGACUGCAAACCCAGGUCUUCAAAUUGGGUCUUGCUAAGAGUAUCCAUCAUGCUCGAGUUCUCAUUAGACAGAGGCACAUCAGAGUGAGAAAACAGGUGGUCAACAUCCCAUCCUUUGUUGUAAGACUGGACUCCCAGAAACACAUUGACUUCUCCCUCAGAUCACCCUAUGGUGGUGGACGACCAGGUCGUGUCAAGAGGAAGAAUGCCAAGAAAGGAACAACAGAGGAAGAAGAGGAUUAAAAUGUACAUCUUUCUGACAAUAAAUUGUCACCUCUCA